GACACCAUGUCAACUCAUGUCAUAUCUUCACUACGAUAGGUCGAGAUAGGGUUACAUAGUGUGUAAGGUACGGUAACUACGGUGAAAGAAUGGUGAAUCUUCAAUGGCUUAGUUGAAGAACCAUGAAUCAGGACUAGGGUAGUCCCUCCACAUCGUCAUAAUCAUGGAAAUUUACAUGAGAUGAUAGCUCCGAUAGUUCUGAGCUCUCUUUACUUCUUGGAUAGCAGCUUCAAAAUACUUAAAGCUCUGCCAGAUCCCGCAUAUUGAAGAUUUUCCACCUCACCCGCAAUAUUUUUAUACGAUCCGAGUUUUGUUACUUGAGUGAUCAGUCAAGAUGCGUUUCUCAACCGUAGUUUCGACUCUUGCCAUUGCAGGUGGAAUCGCCGACGCCACUCUUCAUUCGGGAAGAAGCUUGAGGCAUGUUGGAAAGAAGGAUAAGCCUAUCCACAAAGCUAGAGAUACGGCUCCAAGGAGAGAGCAGAAACAUGAGAAGAGGGAUGCUAGUUUUCCAUACUUGACCAAUUCUACUGCUAAAUUCAGUGUGAACGGUUCCGCUAUCCCAGAUGUCGAUUUCGAUGCUGGAGAAUCAUAUGCUGGUUUGUUGCCAAUUUCAAAAGCCGCAAAUGAGACCAGAGAAUUAUACUUUUGGUUCUACCCAUCGACAAAUGAAUUGGCUUCCGAUGAAAUUCUCAUUUGGCUCAACGGAGGUCCCGGAUGUUCAUCCCUUGAAGGAUUGCUCCAAGAAAACGGACCGUGGAUCUGGCAAUACGGUACCUACGCUCCUGUUCCAAACCCUUGGAGCUGGGUAAACCUUACCAAUGUUGUUUGGGUCGAACAACCCGUUGGUACCGGCUUCUCCCAAGGUAUACCCACUGCCACCAGCGAAGAAGAUGUCGCCGCCCAGUUUCUCGGAUUUUGGGAGAAUUUCGUCGACACUUUCGAUUUGCAAGGGAGAAAGGUCUUCAUCACUGGUGAAUCGUAUGCGGGUUAUUAUGUUCCAUACAUUGCCGAUGCUAUGUUUAACAAGAACGAUACUUCCGUUUAUUAUAACCUCGAAGCAACCAUGAUCUACGAUCCUUCUACUUCUUACGAUGCCGUUCAAGAACAGAUCCCUGCAGUUCAAUUCGUUGAUUAUUGGGGUGGUCUCUUCCCCUUCAAUGAUUCCUUCGUUGAACAAAUCCACAACGUAUCUGAUUCUUGCGGCUACACCGACUACCUCGCCAAGUAUCUCACCUACCCACCACCUGGGCCAUUCCCAUCCGCUCUCCCUGGUACAGGCGACGAUGGAAUUUCUACCACUGACGAAUGCGACGUCUUUGAUUUGAUUUACAACGAAGUCUUCAGCGUCAACCCUUGUUGGGACAUUUACCAAGUGGCCACCACCUGCCCUCAACUCUGGGAUGUCCUCGGAUUCCCCGGGUCCAACCCCUAUCUCCCUGCCGGCGCCUCCGUCUACUUCAACCGCACCGAUGUCCAAAAGGCUAUCAACGCUCCUUUCAUGGAAUGGGACUCAUGCUCCAACAUCGAGGUCUUCGUAAACGGAACAGAUAAUUCUCUCCCCUCCGGUCUCUCCGUCCUUCCCUCCGUCAUCGAACGUUCAAAACGUACCGUCAUCGGCCACGGCGCUUUAGACAUGGUCCUCAUCGCCAAUGGUACCCUUCUCAUGAUCCAAAACAUGACCUGGGGCGGAGCUCAAGGUUUCACAAGCAAACCCUCCGAUCCCUUCUACGUCCCAUACCACACCGAGCUCUCCGCCUCCACCCUUGCUGCCUCGGGAGUUUUGGGCACUACACACACAGAGAGAAACCUCACAUUUGUGUAUAUAGAUUUGAGCGGUCACAUGGUUCCACAAUAUGCGCCUACCGCAUCAUACAGAACGCUCGAGUAUCUAUUGGGAAGAAUCGACAGUUUGUCUAGCACCGCGCCAUUCUCAACACAGACGGACGUCGCGCAGAGCACUGCUCCUCUUGGAAAUGGUACCGCGCCACCGAUUAAGAGACAGCAGGUUGGGGCUAUGCAAUUUUAGACGCGAAGCGGGUAAUGGAUGUGUGGAAGUGAAGAGGGAGAAAUAGAUAGAGAGAUGAUGAUGCAUGACAAUAAUGUAUAUGACGAAAUGAAAAUAUGAAUUGAUACUA